ACGUGUCACUGACUGUCUGCUGACGUGGCGCUGAUAGACCCACCUCUCGGUGGUCUGAAGCAUUUCCGGGGUGCUGUUUUCUUCUUCCGGCACAAUAAACAUGGCGCCCCCCGUCCCGUUGCUGGCAGUGCGAGGAUCCGAUGGCACGUCUCUGCUCCGAGGCCCCCCCCACUGUGAGCCACAUGCAGCUUUCCAGAGGGACUGCCGGCCCAGCAGAUGUGUGACCUUCAGCACAGACGGGACACUCUUUGGUUGGUGUAACGGACAAAAUGUCUCCAUCGUGAACCCCUCAGAUGGCGCUGUGGUGUCGACCUUUGACCUCCCGAAGACAGCCCUGCUGGAAUUUUCUCCACUCAACAACAUCCUGGUUACCUGGCAACUGUACACGAAGACUCAGGACAGUCCUCAGGGGGAAGCCAACCUCCAGCUGUGGGAGCUGCGCAGCGGACGACUCAUCAAAGCCCUCUAUCAGAAGAAGGUUGAGUCGUGGUGUCCCAGCUGGUCUGAAGACGAGAAGAUCUGCGUGAGGAUCGUCAACAACGAGCUGCACUUCUAUGAGGACAACGACUUUGACUCCAUCGCCAACAAGCUCCACAUGCAGAAGGUGUCCGACUUUGCGCUGUCGCCUGGAGGUCAGCCCAGCAAGGUCGCCGUCUACGUUCCGGGCAGCAAAGGAGCUCCUUCGUUCGUCCGCCUGUAUCAGUACCCGGCGUUUGGAGGGCCGACUGCUGCGCUCGCCAACAAGAGCUUCUUCAAGGCUGACCGAGUGAUGAUGCAGUGGAACAAGAAAGCCUCGGCCGUGCUGGUGACGGCGAGUACUGAAGUGGAUAAAACUGGCGCGUCGUACUAUGGAGAGCAGACGCUGCAUUACCUCGGCGUUAACGGAGAGACGGCGCUGGUCCAGCUGUCGAAGAACGGCCCAAUCUACGACGUGGCGUGGAGUCCAAGCUCCACCGAGUUCUGCGUGGUGUAUGGCUUCAUGCCAGCCAAAGCCACUGUCUUCAACCUCAAAUGUGACCCCGUCUACGACUUUGGGACCGGACCGCGAAACGCAGCGUACUACAGCCCUCAGGGCCACAUCCUGAUCCUGGCCGGCUUCGGUAACCUGCGAGGUCAGAUGGAGGUCUGGGAUGUGAAGAACUACAAACAGGUGUCCAAACCUCAGGCGCCAGACGCCACUCAUUUCUCCUGGUGUCCCGAUGGUGAGCAUAUCGUCACGGCGACCUGCUCUCCUCGGCUGCGGGUCAGUAACGGUUAUAAGAUCUGGCACUACACCGGCUCCGUGCUUCAGAAAUGGGACGUGACGGCCGGCUCGGAGCUGUGGGAGGUGCGCUGGCAGUCGCUCCCCGACGGCAGCUUCCCCAAGCGACCAAUCAAGUACCAGGCAGCGCCCAGCCAGCUGGGGUCCACACAGGCCCCGCCCACACAGGCGUACCGGCCACCCGCACUGAGACACCUGCCCGCCACGCCCAGCUCCAAACUGCACGAGGACGAGCCUCCUCAGGACCUUCGUCCCGGAGCUUCGGGAGAGAAGAGUCUCUCUAAAUCUGCUCUGAAGAACCAGAGGAAACGAGAAGCAAAGAAGGCAGCGAAGCAGGAGGCGAAACCAGAACCAGAACCUCCCACUGACCCCGCCGCUGUCAGUAACAGCCAAUCAGAGGCAAGCAUCGGUGACGCAGAGGUGGAAAAGAAGAUCAAGAACUUAAAGAAGAAACUGAAGGCCAUCGAGGAGCUGAAGGAGCAGCAGGCAUCGGGGAAGGUCCUGCAGAAGAACCAGGUGGAGAAGAUCCAGAAGGAGGAGCAGCUGCUGAAGGAGCUGCAGGAGCUGCAGAUCGGACAGUAAGAGGUCCCUGGGAGCUACAGACCACGCCUCCCAUCCUGCAGAACACAGAGGGACGGUGGCGUCUGUGAUUGAGUUUUUAGUUGAGGGGCGGGGCUUAUCUGACAGGUGUGGCAUGCCUCCAGAGGGUUAGACUGAGUGGAUGUUUGUUCCUUAUGUUCACGCCCUGCCCGUGGCUGCGAGCGCUCCUCUGCCUCAGCUGGAGGUUGUCCAGUAAUAAACUUUGUAACAGAU